AUACGACGUCAAACUAAUAUAAACUAUAUGCAAGGUGUUUUAUCCAUUACUUUUGUCUGCGAUGAGAAGAACUGGAGAAAAUAAAAAAGUGAGAAUGCAGAAAGCUCAUCGUCUCCAUGGUCUCAUGAAUAAAUUAUGGUUGGGCAUUGUGCAACAGAAGGCGGUAUCUUCAGAGGCUGGGCGAGCCGUGCAGGGAGUGCGGGGGAGUGCGCGGAGCCCGCGAUCCGCUCCGGCAGCGCAGUGCUGACUGCGCCCUACACGUCCGGGGAGCUCCAGUGCGCACCAGCCGGACCAGUCCGGAUUUGCCAUCUCUUUUUUUUUUUAACGCUCAAAGCUAGACGUGGUCCCGUACGCUGCUCAUCUUAAACCGUAUUAUCUGGUACCUUCACGAUGGAAAGCAAAACUUUGCUGGUCUGGGUAAACGGCGGUGACAGAUAGCUGAUAGAAAGUGAGCGCACUAACUUGUAGGCGAGCGGCGGUAAAUAUAUAAAGCUCCAUCUGAUAUAGAUGUGCAAGAAAAAGUUUUUGUCUUUAUAAGACUGGUGCACCAUUUUUCGAAAUAUUUGCACGUGACUGGUGUGUUUCGUCGCGGACUAAAGCGACAGUAGGAUCGGCGGACCGACCUCGGGCAGUUCCGAGCCGAAGGCUCCCAGCUGGCUUGAGGAGUUCCGGGGUUUUCCACUGACCCCCAGACCCCUCCAAUGAACCCCACCAACUCCAUGAAACCUGGCCUGCCUCUGACGCCACACAGUGACAGCUCCUACCCGUAUGAACCCGUCUCUUGGCAGCAAGGCACCAAUCAGCCCGCAGGCUCCCUCUCCGUGGUAACCACCGUGUGGGGGGUGACCAAUCCAUCGCCCAGCCAGGUCCUCGGGGGAAGCUCUGCGGGAGGCCCCAUGAUGCCCGGCGGCAGCCCCGGGAUGAGCUCCCCGCAGUUCCUGGGCCAGCAGGGCUACAUGCAGCAGGGGUUGUAUGGCCGCCCCCCCGCGGGGUAUCCAGUGGGCCCCAGCUAUGGGGGCAGCUACCCCCACGGUGGAGGGGCAUCCCUCGGCAUGCCCUCUCAUGGUGCCCGGCCCUCCACCGACUUCACCCAGGCCGCCGCUGCCGCCGCAGUGGCUGCCGCCGCUGCCACGGCAACCGCCACCGCCACGGCAACAGUCGCUGCCAUCCAGGAGAAGCAGAACCAGGAAAUGGGUUAUGGCCAGAUGGGCGCUACGUCUCCUUACAACAGCCAGUUCCUUCCUCAUGCUGGCCCCAGAGGCCCCCCCGGCAUGGCCGCCUCGGGAAUGGGCCCGGCCCGGCCCUCGUCUAUGGGACCCAUGUAUGUGGCGCAGGGCCAGCGGCUGCCGCAGCACCCGGGCUACCAUGGGGGACAGCAGGGCCCUCCCCGGCCACAGCAGGGGCUGAAGCGUCCCUACGGUUCCGAGGGCUUUCCGGGACAGCAGUACAGCCCCGGACUGGCCAGCACCGGCCCGUACCCUGGGCAUCCCAUGCAGUACCACAGCCCCGGCCCCCAGCGCUCUGCCCCUUCUCCUUCCUACCCCAGCCACAGGAUGUCCCUCCAGCAGGCGAACGUGGGCCAGUUACCGGCCGUGUCUGCCAGCCUGGGCCAGUACUACAAGGGGGAGCAGUUCAAUGGACAGACUAUAGCUGCAAUGCCAGCAGGGGGCCCUGGGGGACCGGGGUACAGCACCUUCAACCAGGCCUCCGUCAAUGGGCCGGGACGCACCAUGCCGGGGUACCCUAGCUCUCCUCUCCCCGGGAACCCAACCCCCCCCAUGACCCCAGGAAGCUCCGUGCCCCCCUAUAUGUCCCCAAGCCACGACGUCAAAUCGCCCUUCCUGCCCGACGUCAAGCCCAACAUGAAUUCGCUUCCGCCGCCCCCUCCAGCAGGGAACCCCAGCGACGAGCUGCGGCUGACCUUCCCGGUGCGGGAUGGGGUGGUGCUGGAGCCGUUCCGCCUGGAGCACAACCUGGCCGUCAGCAACCACGUCUUCCAGCUUCGGGACUCUGUGUACAAGACCCUCAUGCUUAGGCCCGACCUGGAGCUGCAGUUCAAAUGCUACCACCACGAAGACCGCCAGAUGAACACCAACUGGCCAGCCUCGGUGCAGGUCAGCGUCAACGCCACGCCCCUCACCAUCGAGCGCGGCGACAACAAGACGUCCCACAAGCCCCUGUACCUGAAGCACGUGUGCCAGCCGGGCCGGAACACCAUCCAGAUCACGGUCACCGCCUGCUGCUGCUCUCACCUCUUCGUGCUGCAGCUGGUGCACAGACCCACUGUCCGCUCUGUGCUGCAGGGCCUCAUGAAGAAGCGCCUACUGCCCGCAGAGCACUGCGUCACCAAGAUAAAGAAGAACUUCAGCAGCGGCACCACACCAGGGACCCCUGGGCUCAACGGGGAGGACGGAGUGGAGCAGACUGCCAUCAGGGUGUCCCUCAAGUGUCCCAUCACAUUCCGCCGCAUCCAGCUCCCGGCACGGGGUCACGACUGCCGCCACAUACAGUGCUUCGACCUAGAGUCCUACCUGCAGCUCAACUGCGAGAGGGGGACCUGGCGCUGUCCCGUCUGCAAUAAAACAGCUCUUCUGGAGGGUCUGGAAGUGGACCAGUACAUACUGGGAAUCCUUGUCUACAUUCAGAACUCUGAGUAUGAGGAGAUCUCCAUCGACCCAGUAUGCAGCUGGAAGCCGGUACCGAUAAAACCCGACCUGCACCUCAAGGAGGAGCCGGAUGGUCCGGCGCUGAAGCGCUGCCGCACGCUGAGCCCCAGUCACAUGAUCCUGCCCAGCGUUAUGGAGAUGAUUGCGUCACUUGGGCCCGCCCCUUCCCCGUACCCAUCUUUGCCACCAGGUGGCAGCAGCAGCACACCUGACUACACCAGCCAGGGACCCAGUUAUUCGAGCCAGCCUGAAUUCACAGAUUUCCCCAAUGCCCCCAGCGCCCCCAGCAUUGGCGAGUUCGCUUCCGGGCCGCCCCCCGCCCCAUACCAGGCUGACCCGCCCAGCGGGCUUCUCACUCCCGACAAGGGGCACCCCAUGCCCACACAGGUGUCCCAUUCUGGUCGCAUGGAGGCUUCCCACAAUCCCCUUCCCCAGCAACAGCCACAGCACCACGGUCUCCAUGGCAACUCGCACCUUGGAGGUUCAGGAGCCCCGGUGCCGCCUCGUGGUUCUUCCCAGAAUUCCCGGCUGCACACAGAAGGCUCAUUUGGCCUUGGGGGCCCUACUGACGUUCCUGAAUCUUCUCUGGAUUUGCUUCCAGAACUGACAAACCCAGAUGAGCUCCUUUCUUACCUUGGCCCCCCCGACCUGCCCAGUAACAACAACGACGACUUGCUCUCUCUGUUUGAGAAUAACUGAGCUCAUCCCCAGCGUGUCCCCCUGAAGUACGGAUCACGGCCUCUUUGUGUCCUGAGAGCUCCAUGGCCCAAUGGACGUGGGGGGGCUUCUUUUAAACCAUCAUAAACCCCCUCUCCCCAUCGCCUUAAACUGGAAAUGGCGGCAGGCCUUGGAGUCAUUGAAGAAUCCAUUAAAGUGAUGUUUGGCUUUGUUUGAUGGCAUUUGAACUAUGUAACAGAUUUUAUGGUUUUAUAUUUCUAAGCUAUAAACUCUGUUCCCUCCCUUGUGGCUGCUCACGUGUUUGUGAAUUCAGGUUUGGUUCAGGAUUACACAGCCCCAUAUGCAGGUUUGGUUCAGGAUUACACAGCCCCAUAUGCAGUUGGGGGGGAAGAAUACAUAAACAUUCAGAGGGAGUUUUUCUAACCUUUUUUGUUCCUUCAGUGUCAGACUUCUGUCAAGGGUAAUUUACAAAGAGAUAAAGACCGUUAUAAUAUAUGUAAUUCAAAUUUAAUAAUAUAUGGAGAGUUUUAAUAAGACGAGAGUGUACUUUUAUGUGUUAGCUGAUAUUUGUCUUCAGCAUUCUCUCCAAUUUAGUAUCUAUUUAACUGUGAGAGAGAAAUAUUUGCUUGGAGUGGGAUGGUCUAUGUUUGAAUAAUCUCCCUCCUCCGAUCGCUCUCGCAAUAUGUUGGUGGUAAGAUUACUGUAAAUCAUUCAUAAAAUCCUGUCACUGUGAAUACCAUAGAUGUGUUGGUCUUACCCACUAGCUUACAACUGGUCCUCGUUUUAUUUUAACGACAAAGGCGACAAACGUUUCCAGGGUGCUAGAGGCGGACUGUCCCGGAAGAAUAGUAUUACUGUGAUUCCUCUCGUUUUGCAAUAACAUCUGAAUAAAACGGUCGAAUCUCUGCGGUUUCCAUCCCACACCAUGUAAGUAAUACGAAUGAUGAGGCAGUCUUACUCAAAUUCACUAUAAAAAGUCACUGCACUUUAAAUUGCCUUAUUUAUUGGCGUACUGCCCAUGAAUUUUGUAAUGCUAAACAUCACACUUGGAAGUGUAUCAUUGGUUGAAUAGAUAGUGGACAUUGUGGGUGAUGUGGAGAGGGGAAAUGGCUGGAGAAAUGGCUGCAGACACAAGUUCAGUUGAUGCAUGUGCAUUACUUUUUUUUUUUUUUUUAUGUGGAACAGCUGCCGUGCUUCUGUAGCGACCCCCAGAAUAAAUAAAAAUCCCUUGUGCUUCCAGAGUAAUGUUAUAUACUAAUCAUCACUGUAAGUGCAAUACAUCAAUAAGUACUGGCAUUUCAAACUACUGUCUUAUUACCUUGUAUGACAUUCAUGACGUCAUUAGACGUUUUUCCCGGGAGGGUUAAAAAUAGUGUGCUGUUUGUUUUAAGGGAGGGGUAUUAAGUAUGUGAAGGGAAAUUCAAUCCUGUAUUCGUGUAUAUUAUUCGUUUCGCGCUGUUUUACACUUUUCCUUAUUGUAACCGUUGAAACCAAUGAAAUGCGGGAUUUCUGGAUGCUGAAAUUCACUUUUUAAAUCCCUUCCUGUCUGUAAAUACAGAUUCAACGGCUUCAA